AUGAAUUUGGAAUCGUUAUGUAAUGAAUUAUUACUUGAUAUAUUUGAAUAUCUUCCUGCUGUUGAUCUACUUCGGGCAUUUUAUAACCUUAAUUUUCGAUUGAAUAAUUUAAUCUUGAUUCAUUUUCAAUCGUUCGAUCUGAAAUUUCAAUCAAUAUCUCAAUAUGAUUUUAAUCUUAUUUGUCGUGAAUAUCUUCCAACAAUGGUCGAUUACAUAAGUUCUUUAAGUCUUUCAAAUGAUGACGAUACACCACAUGAAAUCAAUUGUUUUCUUGAACAUAAUUUAACUAUAUCUCAAUUUAUUAAUUUAAAAUCUUUAUCUAUUAGGGAUCUUUCUUCUGAUAAGAUAAUGAAUAAAUUUAUGUUAGAAUGGAAAUAUCUUGAAAAUUUAACACAUUUAACUCUUGUUGGUUGUUAUUUUCGAUUCGAUCGAAUUAAUGCUCAACAAUUAAUUAAUAGUAUUUGGAGUUUAUCAAAAUUGGUCUAUUGUUAUUUAAAUAUUAAUGUCAAUGAAGAUAACAUUUUUAUACCAACAGUAAUGUCAAAAUCAUUGAAAUAUGUAUUCAUUUGGGGUACUGAAUGUAGUCAAAAUGAAAUCAAUGCUUUAAUUAAAAAAACACCUCAUCUAGAAAAAUUUUCUAUCUUACUUAAUGUUAAUUCAAAUGAUAAUAAUAAUUAUGUAAAAUAUCCAUUUUUAUCAAUUACUAAAUUAAAACUUUCAUUAUCUCGAAUAGACGAAAAUAAAAUCAUCAAAUUCUUACAAAACAUGCCAAAUUUAUAUGAAUUAAUUAUUGAUAUAUCUUGUUUUAAUGAAGAUCAUACAAAUAGAAUUUCGUAUGGUAAUCAAUGGGAAAAAAUUAUUCAUCAUUAUCUACCUAAUCUUCAAAUAUUUCGAUUUAGAAUGAAAUUUAAUUUAAUUGAUGAGAAGAAUCGUGAACAAAGAAUAGAUGAAUUAAUUGAUUCAUUUCGAAGUUCAUUUUGGCUUGAAGAACAUAAGUGGUUUGUUCGAUGUCAUUGGAAUCCAAAUAACACUUUUAGUCCUAUUUAUUUGUAUACAUUACCAUAUAGUUUUAAGCAUUUUCGUUUUAAUUACUCGAUGAAAUUUAAAUCAACUACUCCUAAUGAUAAUAAUUAUAUGAAGUACAAUUAUGUAGAUGAACUUGACUAUGACACAUCAGCAGUUGAACAAAUUGUUUCAUCUCCUAUUCAAUUUUUUAAUCUUCAGAAUUUAUAUGUUGAGUUUCCCAUUAAUAAUCAUUUUUGGUCUUUCGUACCAAAAUUAGAUCGAUUAACUUCAAUGGUUAUUUUUAUGCAUUAUUAUUAUAAUAUUGAAUCUCAAUUACAAUCAUUAGUUAAUCAUACACCUUGUCUAUAUUCAUUAACUUUUUUUUCAAGUUCAUUUAUGCAGAUGAUGCCACCACUUAAUCUUCGAAAUAAAUCAAUCCGUAGACUUAUUUUACGAGUAAAUAAUUAUUAUUUCAAUGAUAAAGAUUGUAUGGAAAUAAGUCAUUCAUUAUUAAGCAGUCAAUGUGAAAUUCUUUCAAUUCCUAUUCAAAAUCAUCAAAUAUCACUUAUCAUAUUGAAUAAUAUGACUAAACUCCAUACUUUAAUUAUUGCAUGUGAAAAUGAUAAAAAUAGAGAAAACGACGAUGAAAUUAUUAUUUGGUUAAAAGACCAUUUACCAUCAACAUGUAUUAUUAGCAGAGACCAGAUAUUUAAAUCUGAUAUUCGAUUAUGGAUUCGUUGA